CCAACUACCACCACAACCACCACCAUGAAGCCCUACAUCCUCUCCCUCGCAGCCUCUCUGCCCACCACCCUAGCCACGACCAUCUACCUAGCCGGGGACUCCACCAUGGCCACCGGCGGCGGUGGCUCCGGCACAAACGGUAACCCCCUUCCCUUCCCCCACCCAUCCACCAGACUAACGUCCCCAGGCUGGGGCGACUACCUAUCCACCUACCUAACGAACAGCACCAGCAACCCCACCACGCUCUCCAACCAAGCCGUCGCCGGCCGCUCCGCACGCUCCUACACACGCGAAGGCCGCUUCAACACCAUCGCCUCGACCCUCGAAUCCGGCGACUACGUAAUCAUCGAAUUCGGGCACAACGACGGCGGCACCCUCUCCAGCACAUCCGACAACGGCCGCACCGACUGCUCCGGCAACGGGACGGAAAUCUGCUACUCCGUCUACGACGGCGUCAACGAAACCAUCCUUACCUUCCCCGCCUACCUCGAAAACGCAGCCACCCUGUUCCUCAGCAAAGGCGCAAAUGUGAUUAUCUCGUCCCAGACGCCUGAUAAUCCGUGGGAAACGGGGACGUUUGUGUAUGACCCGACUAGGUUUGUGGGGUAUGCGGAGUUGGCGGCGGAACGGACGGGGGUGGCGUAUGUGGAUCAUGGGGGAUAUGUGGCGAGUGUGUUUGAGGAGUUGGGGGAGGAGGUGGUCGAUGCGUUUUAUCCCAUCGAUCAUACGCAUACGAGUGUGGCGGGGGCGGAGGUCGUCGCGGAGGCGUUUGUGAGGGGGGUGUUGUGUGGGGGGGUCGGGUUGGAGGGGUUGUUGGAUGUCGAUUUGGAGGGGGUGGGUGGGGGGUGUUUGUGA